AUGAAUGAUGAAUACAGGCUUUAUGAUGAGAAGAAUAUGUUGAAAGUCCUCUUCAAGACUACUGAUGUUUCGCAGAAAUGGGCAUCCCCAACUAUAAGAUGGGUUAAAUUGAAUUCAGGCAGUGUCUCUGAUAAGGAUGAUGCAAAUGCAGCUAUCUCAAUGAGACAUAUUAUAGUGGUGAUCUUGAAAUUUCCGAUGGUUCUUAGAUUUUUGAGUGCUGUUUUUAGUUAUAUGAAGUUUCAACAGGUUCGAAGAGUAGCUAUUAUAGCGUUAGACUGGGUUGCUUCCCAUGUCAAAAAGGAUAUGUGCCCUUCGGGUUGGGAUUUUCAUCCCCCAUUUCCUUCAAGCUGGAUGGCUUCCAUGCACCUUUUGGAAUUUCCUUGGGUUAUGAUUGGGUUUCUGGUCCUUGAGGCUGAAUCCCCCUUUUUACUUUUUCUUCUCCUGGUGUGUAACCACCUCAGCAUCUUUGAGAAUUAUGCUUUUACACGAUUCUCUUUAAGGAAUAAAUUGUUUUUGGUGUUUUCUUUAAAUUUUGUUUUGGUGUUUCUUCCCUUAAAAUUGUUUUGUAAAACUGAGAGGAUUGGAGGUAUUAUGGAGAUUGUUUUAGAAGGAGAUGAACAUAGUCUAGCUUUGACUAGAUUCAUGGUAGCUGGUAAGAUCUUGGCUAAUCGCACACUCAAUCGGUGGGGAGUGGUGAGUAUUUUGCAUAGUAUUUGGGCGGAGGAUGUUGCUCCAUGUAUUCAAGAAAUUGGGGCUAAUAUGUUUGGAAUCUCUUUCAGAUCUGAGAAGCUAAGAGAAAAUGCUCUUGCAGAAGGUCCCUGGAAUAUUAUGGGUUUUUGUAUGGUGUUUCGGAAUUGGGAUCAAGGUGUUAUGAUUGAGGAAUUAGACUUUUGUGUGGCAGAUUAUUGGGUUCAAAUCCAUAAUCUUCCCAUUGAAAUGUUGACUAGAAGUAAUGGAGAGCUGAUUGGAAAGAAUCUGGGGAUUGUAAAGGCGGUUGAAGAGCCUAUUUCUUCUGGAGGUUUAGGACGGAGUUUUUUAAGAAUUAGGCUUGGGAUUGAGGUUUGUAAACCUCUUGUGCCAGGUUUUUGGGUUCCUCGGAGAAAUAAGGAAAAAGUUUGGGCCAUGGUGAGGUAUGAGAAGUUGGUUGAUUUCUGUUUUACAUGUGGAAAGUUAGGACAUGUUGAAAAACAGUGUCACAUGGAACCAAUUGUAGUUGAUGGUCAAUCUAUUUGGGGACCUCAUCUUCGGGCUGCUCCCAUCAAAAGAGCUGUUUGGAAUACUGGGAGUAAAGACAGGAAAUGGGGGAGGAAAGAAGCUUCAGGUGUUAAUACUGAAGGCAGCAGGAAAAAUCAGUAUGAGGAUUUGAGCAAAUCAGUCAGUGUGAGUGAAAGGAGGACUUCUGGGGGCCAUGAUCAGAAUUUAUAUGAAGGACAUAAAGUGCAGUAUAAUGUAAAAGAGCUUUUGAGCUUCAACAACUCAAAAGGAACUUUUAUGCAUAAUAUGGAUAGGCCUGAAGUAAGGAGUGACCAGAAUAGAAGGGAAAGUUGUCAUAGUAGUUCUGGAGAUAUAGCCUUGUCAUCUUUCCAUGGAGAAAUUCCCAACCUAUCUCAUGAUAAAACCAUGACCAUUGUUGUUUCUACCCAAAUUCCACCUGAUAACCUUUCCCAACAGGAAAAUGAGAAUCAUAAUUUGAACUAUCACAAUUCUGUUAUUAAUGGAAUAGAAGAGUUUCUGGAUGGAACCCCUUGUGCCCCGCUUGAUGAUGAUGAAGGUGAUGAAGAACUUCCUUAUCCAACCACUCCUACUAAUAGUUCUCCACUUAUUAGUUCAAAAGAUCAUAAUUCUUUGGCAUUAAUAAAUCAUGAUCAUUUUGUUUCUUUACAUAAUGAGCCUAUUGCUAGUUCUGAAAAUUUGUCCCAAGCUAUUGUUCCAAACAGUCACCCCACGGGUACUGUUUCAAAUAACCUUUCUUGUCUUCCUUACAUCGUUUCCAUGAGUGAAACUGAAAAUCCUGAUACAAAUCUCAUGAAAAAUGAUCCUAUCAAUCACUCUACUGGUGUUGUUUCUAAUGCACUUCCUUCCCCUACUUUUUAUAUGUAUGAUAAGAAUCUGCAUACUUAUAUCCCAGUUAGGUGGGAUAAGGAAAAUGUUAGUCCUAAUAUGGAGAAUAAUGCUGAGGAUAAUCUGGAUGCCCUGAUCAGAUUAAAGAAGAGUAUGGAUAAGGAGAAAUAUAUUGCUGAAAAUUCCCUUAGUGCUGGCUUGAGGAAGUUGGAUUUAAAAAGAGAUGGGAAUAGUUUAGAAUGGAGGAAGGAGUCGGAUCCUGAAUUAAAAAGGGUCAAAAUUGAUAAAUCUUUGCAAGAAAAUAAGACAACAACUGUUAAGGUUGAGAUCCAGAAGACUGGUGCCACUCAAAAGGGGGAACGAAAAGGGAGUAGGAGGGUGCAGUCUGGGAGUAGAAGAGGCAGAAGGGGGGUUGUUGUAUGGAGUAGAACAAAAAUUGAAGAAAUGUGUCUGUAUGUGGUACCUGUCAGUGAAACUAAUGUGGUUAUAUCUGCUAUGAGUAGUCUUGGGCCAGCCUUGACAUUAUCAGCACUUAAAUAUUUAAAUAAAAAAUAUAGCCCAGAUUUUGUUUUCCUUAUGGAGACAAGGAAUUGUCAGGAGUUUGUGAAUAAAGUUGGGAAGAGUCUGAGAUUUAAAGAAGGGGUUAUUGUAGAUCCUAUUGGUUUGAGUGGUGGUCUAGUUCUAUGGUGGAAGGAGAAUUUGGUUGUAAAUAUUGUAGAGAUGAAUAAAAAUUUCAUUGAUAUCUUUGUUGAUAAAGGUGAUGGCAGUGGCAACUAUAGAAUUACUUGGAUUUAUGGCGCUCCUAGUUUGGAAGAAAGGAGGGGUGUUUGGGAUAAAAUAAAAAUGAAAGCUAUUCAUCAUACUGAUGCUUGGCUUUGCAUGGGAGACAUGAAUGAUAUCUUGGAUGAAGGUGAGAAAGAAGGUGGUAGGAGGAAGGAGAGAUGGGCUAUGAGGAGUUUUAGAGAGAUGUUUGAGCAAUGUGAGUCUAUGGAGGUUCCUACAAAAGGUCAGAGGUUUACUUGGUCUGGUAUUCGAGAAGGUGUAUUGGUAAAGGAAAGAUUGGAUAGGGCCAUGGUUAAUCUGGAGUGGAUGAUUGAAUUCCCAAAAUCUACUGUUUUAAGUUUGCCAGCUAUUGGUUCAGACCAUUCUCCUCUAAUUUUCAAUACUGAUGCAUCGGAUCUUAAAGGGGUUAAGAAGUUCAGAUUUGAGGCUGUUUGGUUAGAGGAUGUUGAGGUUAAGAAGAUUAUUGAGAAAGGUUGGGAUGGUGAGAUCUCGGGCUCUAAUGCUUCUCAAGUGGUGAAAAAACUGAAGCAUUGUAAGGAUCUGUUGAUUAAAUGGCAGAAAGAUAAAGCUCAGAAUAAAAAAAAGAUAGAUAAUUUCAAGAAAGCCAUUGCUGAUGUUCAGGAUCAUGGGGAAGGUAUUGAGGAUGCAGAAUGUGUUAAGGAUAUGCAGCAACAGUUACAGCAUUUAUGGAGGGAGGAGGAAAUCUAUUGGCAUCAACGAGCAAGAGUGAGUUGGCUAAAUUGUGGUGAUAAGAACACACAAUUUUUUCAUCAGUCUACUUUGCAAAGAAGACAGUACAAUAAAAUCUUGAGAAUCAAAGAUGAUAAUGGUGAUUGGAUUGAUAAAGAGGAAGUAAUUUUAGAAAAGUUUUGCAGUCAUUAUGAGGGGCUUUUCACUUCUGAAUAUCAGGGGAUGGGUGAUUUGGAUUUGAGCUGUGUUCCUAAAUUAGUAACUGAUGAGAUGAAUAUGGAUCUGUUAAAAGAAGUUACUAUGGCAGAAGUUAAAGAUGUUGUAUUCCAAAUUGGCAGCCUAAAAUCCCCUGGCCCAGAUGGUUCUAAUGGCCAAUUCUACCAUAGAUUCUGGGAUAUUGUUAAGGGGGAUUUGUUUAAAAUGGUGAGGAGUUUUAUGCAUAGUGGCAGAAUGUUGAGAGAACUUAAUCAAACUGAAGUAGUUCUGAUCCCUAAGGUAAAGGUUGCUGAGGAUAUUGGCCAGUUCAGACCAAUAAGUCUAUGUAACGUAGCUUAUAAGGUCAUUUCUAAAGUGCUGGUUAAUAGGUUGAAAGAGCGUAUGGACAAAAUUAUCUCUGAAAAUCAGAGUGCAUUUAUUGCGGGGAGGCAAAUAUUUGAUAAUGUUCUCAUUGCUCAAGAGGCUUUUCAUCAUAUCAGAUUAAAGAAGAAAGGGAAAAAAGGAGUUGUGGCCAUGAAAAUUGAUAUAAAUAGGGCUUAUGACAGAGUUGAGUAUAUCAUUUCUAGGUUGAUCCAAGUAGGUGUUAAUAAUGGUGAUAUUCAUGGGGUUAAAUUGAGCAGGAAUUGUCCUGUUUUGUCCCAUCUUUUCUUUGCGGACGAUUCUCUAUUUUUCUUGGAAGCUAACAUUGUAAAUUGCAGAAAGAUGUUUGAUUUAAUUCAGGACAAUGAAAUGAUUAUCCAUUGGCGAAGCUGGGACUGUUUAACUAAUCCUAAAGGGGAAGGAGGACUUGGUUUCCGCGAGCUUGAAGAUUUCAACAAAGCACUUCUUGCUAAGCAGGUUUGGAGAUUAAUCAAUGAGCCAGAAGCAUUAUGGGCUAAGUUUCUUAGAGGCAUAUAUUUCAGUAAUGGUGAUGUUAUGAGUGCAAAAAAAGGUGCUCGGGCUUCUUGGACGUGGAGUAGUCUGCUUGAAGGAAGAGACUUUUUGAGAGAUAAAUUGUUGUGGCAGGUUGGUGAUGGGUCUAAGAUCAAUGUGUUGGUUGAUAAAUGGAUUCCUGGGCUGGAAAGAGGAGUAGAAGAAAACUCUUGGGACACUUCUGCUUUGGGUGAUCGGGGACAUUACAUUGUUAAAUCUGGUUAUCACAGCCUAAGGGAGAAAUCGAGGAGAUCUGUUAAGAAUGAUAAAUCAUCAAGUUCUCAUGUCAUACCAGCAGAUUUAUGGAAAGAAAUAUGGAAAACUAAGUGCCCUCCUAAAGUCAGAAUGUUUUUGUGGAGAUGUGCUCAAAAUGCUGUGGCCACUAAUCAAGCUCUGCAUAGGAGGAAUUGUAAAGACUCAAUGGUAUGUGGUAUAUGUCACUCUUAUGAUGAAUCUAUUGAACAUUUAUUAUUGCUCUGUGAUUGGACUAGAGUAGUAUGGUUCGGUGUUUGUGGAUUGCAUUUUGAUUUAGAGAAAAUUACUACAUUUGAUGAUUGGUUUUUGAAAAUAUGCCAUAGUCUUGAUGAAAAGGGUGAUAUAGAGGGUAAUUGGCGUAUGAGGGUUGCUUUUACUUGCUGGUACAUAUGGAAAUCUAGAUGUGAAGCUGUGUUUAAUAAAUGUGAUAUUAAUCCUGACCUUGUUGUUAUGAGGAUUAAUAGAGCUAUUCAAGAAUUUGAGUGGGCAGAGAAACAGAAAUUUAAGUUGGAUUGUCCAAGGACCAUGGGUAGGGAGGAAGUUGAGACUAAGUGGAUUAAACCCCCUGAUGGAUGGUUAAAAGUUAAUUCGGAUGGGUCAUUUUGUAGUAAAAUUAAAUCUGCAGGUAUUGGAAUUGUAAGUCGGAAUCAUCAUGGUCAAGUUCUUGAUGCUACUGGGAAGAAAGUUCAUUGUUAUGAUGCCUUGGCAGCAGAAGCUUUGGCUUUGAAGGAGGCAGUAUCUAAAGUAGCUGGACAAGCUCUGGACAAUGUUAUUUUUGAAACUGACUCCAUAGAAUUGCUCAGGAAUAUUAAAGCUGUAAAUGAAGGAAGUGUGCAUUGGCGCAUAAGGCCUAUUGUUCAAGAUAUCAAGGAAGCUUUAAAUCUGAUCGACCAUAAGGAAGUUGCUUAUAUAAGUAGAAUGGCAACUCUAGCAGCGGAUUGGUUUGCUAGACAGGCGAGGAAGGGGAUGAGCUGUGCCACCUGGAGGGAGCACCAACCAUCUUCUUUAACAGGAAUUUGGAGCAAGGAUGGGGUUCCAGCGCCUCCCUCACUUGUUUUUUCUUUUUAA